AUGCCAAAAACACCGUCAUCGGUGGUCAGCAGUGAUAAUCAACACCAAAAUCACCCUGAUAAUCAAAUUGAUGAUCACGAACAUCUAGGCACCUGUGGAAUGGGCUCGUGGCGGCCCAAAUGGCUACAGGUGUUUGCGAGCCCCCUAUUUUUCACGGUCAAUUUUACACUGAUCGGGAUCAUUCAGAGUCUGUCGGGCACUUAUAUGAUGUCCAAUUUCAGUACAUUGGAAAAGAGGUUUGGCUUCGACUCAAAAAUGUCCAGCGCUAUACUGAUUGCCGAUCAGGUCAUGGAAAUGCUGGUAAGCCCGUUUAUAGGCUACCUGGGCACCCGAUUUAGCAGACCACGAUUAUUAGCAUUUGGCCAGUUAGUACAAGCGUUGGCCAUGUUCAUUAACGUAUUGCCCUACAUGGUCUACGGCGCGGGCACACAUCUACUCACCGACGACAGUCUACUGUCGGUCACUUUGGCUAAAAACGAGACCCGAUACGAGUCGUGUCCGGCCGAUCCCACUGGCAUUGACUGCUCCGGUGGUAAGCACUCGACGGUAUGGCCGGCGUUCAUCAUUUUGCUGGUCGGUGGGGCUGUGAAGGGCUUUGGGUAUACGACCUUUUGGGUGAUCGGCACGCCUUAUAUCGAUGACAAUGUCAGCAAAAAUAACUCACCUAUGUACUUAAGUAUCAUCACCUCGCUCAGAUUGAUCGGACCGGCCGGUGGUUUCCUACUGUCAGGACUGGUGUUACGUUUUUAUGAGAAUCCUUUUUUUGACCCUGGUGUUAACCGUAGGGAUCCCCGAUUUAUUGGCGCAUGGUGGAUCGGGUUUGUGGCGAUUGGUGUGUUAUUACUGGUGGCCAGCCUACCCUUGUUUUUAUUCCCACCACAAUUCAAAUCAGCCCAUGUUAAAAUCAACAAUAUAAGAGACAAUAAAACUAGUUUGAAAGGGAUGUUACAAAGCGUCAAACGGUUAUUCAAAAACAAAUUGUUCGUGUUCAAUUUGGCGGGCAACGUGUUCAGGCACACUGGUUUCGGUGGCUAUUAUAUUAACAAAACCAAAUACAUUGAGUCCCAGUUCCGGCAGACCAGCUCCGGGGCCAGUAUCCUGACGGGCACCACAAGCAUACUGCCAAUGACUGUGGGUAUUAUGAUUAGCGGUAUGAUAAUCAAGUACAUUAAGCCCCGGCCCCUCACACUUGUCGUAUACAUGUUUGCUGUCGAGUGGUUUGCAAACGCCGGUAUGUUUGCCGGUAUGUUCAUCGGGUGCCCACCCCUACAACUCCCGCCUACACUUACAGUAAAUAACAAAUUUACAUUGAAUGCCGUGUGUAAUGAUGGCUGCAAUUGCACGACUAGUGUAUUCACACCAAUCUGUUCGGCCGAUAGGGUGACCACAUAUUUCUCGCCCUGUUAUGCUGGCUGUACGGCCAUAGACAGGGCUACCCAGACAAUGUCGGGCUGCGAGUGCAUCGGCAACGGAGGUGUGGCCACUGCCGGGUACUGCCCGAGUGAUACCGCCAAUUGUGACACACUAUAUAUUUAUCUAUUGGUGAUGACAAUCGGUGGUAUCAUAACGUCGACCGCCAGCACCGGUAAUAUUCUGCUUACACUCAGGAUCGGUUUCGGUAUACACUGCACGGCACGGGCAUUUAUAACCAUUGGUUCACUCUUUGAUUUGGGAAUCAUUUAUAACGCAAAUCUCAUUCAAAACUUUUACGACGAGCCGACCGGUGCUGAUGUCAGUGAUGGCGAAGAGACUGAUCCCAAAAGUGAUGAUAGAAACGAUAUUCGCAUGACUUGA